AUGUGCGUUACGUCACGAAUACAACACAUCCCAUGUGAGCCGCACAUCAUACAUCCACACGCACACCACGUGCUUAUUCAUUCUCGGCACCCUUGUAGCUCGGCAUCAGCUAUAGCACCACUGGUGGAGGCCAUCUGCGCGGCACGACCGGGUGGCGUCACGGCACAGCUGGCCGACGAGUCUUUCCGCUUCGAGCAGCAAGCGACAGGCAUCCUUGGCAGCGGCGUGGUCGAGGCUGCCACAUCAGUGAUCGUGUCGGCGACGGCAGCAGCGCUGACCAAAGCGGGUACUGCCCAGGGGACUGUGUCGCUGCCGCCUCCGCCUACCACGGGUACUGCCAGUGCGGCCAGCUUACCCGUUCAUGGGGCCAUGGUCGGCAUGGAACUGAUCCCGAUCCCUAAGGUUGUUGAGGCUCAGGCGGUCGAGGCUCUAAUCGUUUGGAAGCCAUCGUGGGAUGAGUAUCUGAAAUGGCUCGAGGAUCAGGGUAAGAAAACCUCGAAAAUUCCUCCGCCGCCCAGCAACCAGGCGGUCGACCAAGGAGUAGAGGCAGCGAACGUCACGGGGGCGACUGAAGGGCCGAGCGCCACAACGGAUGAGACGGCUAUUUGGAGAAUGGUGGAAGACAUCCUCGCCAGUAUCGUGAUGCCUGACCCCGAAAUCGAGGUCAUGCGGGAGAAACUACAAGCAGCUGCUCCCACUUUGGGAGUGCAACAGGGUACACCCGCCGCCUCGUCUGCACCUAAGGAGGACCCUAGCCCGACUGGAGCCAAAUCCCCCCUGGCCACAACAGGCGUCCGCGUUGACAAGGAGACGGGGCUGGCCGUGGCGGAGAUGAAGUUUGGGAAGAAGAGCCGCUACAUUUGCCGAUCGAUGGAUAAGUCGGAGGCCGCCUACUACAUCGCGGUCGCCGUUUCAUCGUUCGACGGCUAUUUGAGCGACGUGAUUCUUGCCGAGUUCGGUGGGGUGAAUGAAGAUGUGAUGGAGCAGUACAAGUUGGAUUGGAAUGUGGCGCGAUUGAUUCCGGGCGGCAUGUGGACGGUCAUGUGGAGCCGAGGCGCAAACGUGCUCCGCGACCGGAUAACCGCCGUCGGCCGCGCAGCUCUCAUGUUGGCUCUUCGUCCGGCGGUGUGGUUCGGCGACCUUUCGGAGUCGACCAAGCCCGAGAAGGCCGCGAAGAAUAAGGCGGCAUGA